CCGGGGCCGAGGUGCGCACGCGGCAGGCAGGGACCCAGCCUGGCCAGGGAUGCCUCCUGUCUGGAUCUACAGGCACGCCCUGGCGCCCUGCCUACGAUGAUCCCCCCGGCCAGCAGCACCUCUCCGGGAGAGGCCCACUUCCCCACUGUGGCCCCUCAGGACUUCUGGAGGCCUCAAGUGUCCAGCUACUCGGGGUCUGUGACCCGGCACAUCAGCCACCGGGCCAACAACUUCAAACGACACCCCAAGAGGAGGAAGCGCAUCCGCCCCUCUCCCCCUCCGCCACCCAACACCCCCUGUCCCAUCGAGCUGGUGGACUUUGGGGACCUGCGCCCCCCGCGGUCCUUCCGGGAGCUGCUCUUCAACGGCUGCAUUCUGUUUGGCAUUGAGUUCAGCUACGCCAUGGAGACGGCCUAUGUGACCCCGGUGCUCCUGCAGAUGGGCCUGCCCGACCAGCUCUACAGCCUGGUGUGGUUCAUCAGCCCCAUCCUUGGAUUCCUGCUGCAGCCCCUGCUGGGAGCCUGGAGUGACCAGUGUACCUCAAGGUUCGGAAGGAGACGUCCUUUCAUACUUGUCCUGGCGAUAGGGGCCUUGCUGGGUCUCUCGCUCUUGCUCAACGGCAGGGACAUCGGGACCGCCCUGGCGGACACGGCCAACAACCACAAGUGGGGCAUCCUGCUGACGGUGUGCGGCGUGGCGCUGCUGGACUUCAGCGCGGACUCGGCCGACAACCCCAGCCACGCCUACAUGAUGGACGUGUGCAGCGCCGCCGACCAGGACCGCGGCCUCAACAUCCACGCCCUCCUGGCAGGCCUCGGAGGGGGCUUUGGCUAUGUUGUCGGGGGGAUCCACUGGGACAAGACCAGCUUUGGGAGAGCCCUGGGCGGACAGCUCCGCGUCAUCUACAUCUUCACUGCAGUCACCCUGAGCGUCACCACCGUCCUGACCCUGGUCAGCAUCCCUGAGCGCCCCCUGCGGCCGCUGGGCGAGAAGAGGGCGGCCAUGAAGAGUCCCAGCCUGCCCCUGCCCCCGUCCCCACCCGUGCUGUUCGAGGACGGUGCUGGUGAGAACCUCCCUGCUCACUCGGCUACCAGCUUGUACGCCAGCUUCUCCAGCCCCAUCUCCCCACUGAGUCCCCUGACGCCCAAGUACGGCAGCUUCAUCAGCAGGGACAGCUCCCUGACGGGGCUCAGCGAGUUCGCCUCCUCCUUUGGCACCUCCAACAUCGACAGCGUCCUCAUCGACUGCUUCACGGGCGCCCAGGACGGCUACCUGGCCCUGCCGGGCAGCUUCCCCAGACAGGCCAUCAGCGCCAGCUUCCCGCGGGCCCCUGACGUCUUCUACCACCAGGACCACGGGCUCCUGGAGCGCAGGGAGGCCGCCCUGGCCGCCGGCGGGGAUGGGGACAUCUUGAGGGUGGGCUCCCUGGACACCUCGAAGCCUCGAUCGGCAGGAAUUCUGAAGAGACCCCAGACCUUGGCCAUUCCCGAAGUGGCCGGGGGAAGCUGUCCAGAAACCAGCAGGAGAAGGAACGUGACCUUCAGCCAACAGGUGGCAAACAUCCUGCUGAACGGCGUCAAGUACGAGAGCGAGCUGACUGGCGCCGGCGAGCAGUCUGAGCAGCCGCUGUCCGUGCGGCGCCUCUGCGCCACCAUCUGCAACAUGCCCAAGGCUCUGCGCAACCUCUGCGUCAACCACUUCCUGGGGUGGCUGUCGUUUGAGGGGAUGCUGCUCUUCUACACAGACUUCAUGGGCGAGGUGGUGUUUCAGGGGGACCCCAAGGCCCCCCACACAUCGGAAGAAUACCAAAAGUACAACAGCGGCGUCACCAUGGGCUGCUGGGGGAUGUGCAUCUAUGCCUUCAGCGCUGCCUUCUACUCAGCCGCCCUGGAGAAGCUGGAGGAGCACCUGAGCGUGCGCACGCUCUACUUCAUCGCCUACCUGGCCUUCGGACUGGGAACCGGGCUGGCCACGCUCUCGCGGAACCUCUACGUGGUCCUGUCCCUGUGCGUCACCUACGGGGUGCUCUUCUCCACCCUGUGCACCCUGCCCUACUCGCUCCUCUGCGACUACUACCAGAGCAAGAAGUUUGCAGGGUCUAGUGCCGACGGCACCAAGCGGGGCAUGGGCGUGGACAUCUCCCUGCUGAGCUGCCAGUACUUCCUGGCCCAGAUUCUGGUCUCUCUGGUCCUGGGGCCCCUGACCUCGGCGGUGGGCAGCGCCAACGGUGUGAUGUACUUCUCCAGCCUCGUGUCCUUCCUGGGCUGCCUCUACUCCUCCCUGUUUGUCAUUUACGAAAUCCCACCGGGGGAGUCUGCAGAAGAGGAGCACCGGCCCCUCCUACUGAAUGUGUGACACACCACUCAGCCCUCGACCCGGCUCAGCUCUGGACUCGGGCCUGUGCCCUGUCAGGGCCCCCAGUGGGGCAGGGGGCCAAGUUUCCCGUCGGAUAUAAAUAAUGUGGUGAAACAAAA